AUGACAGAGAAGGGACAUUACAUGCCGCCUCGUUACAUUCCAUUACAAGAUUCGGUGGAUGCUGAAGAAGAAGAAGUAACCACCACAACAAGUCUUGAAGUUGCUGUUUCUGGAGACACAAAAGAUGGUCCGAAACAGUGGUCCUCUGGUAUAUGCGCUUGCUUCGACGACAUACACAGCUGUUUUAUAGGUUUGUUCUGUCCAUGCUAUAUCUUUGGCAAGAACGCAGAGCUGUUGGGGUCUGGAACAUUUGCAGGACCUUGCUUAACACAUUGCAUUUCAUGGGCGUUAGUCAACACCGUUUGCUGCUUUGCAACCAAUGGUGUGUUGCUUGGUCUACCUGGAUGCUUUGUCUCAUGUUAUGCUUGUGGAUACCGCAGAUCGUUAAGGACCAAGUACAACUUAGAGGAGGCUCCAUGUGGGGACUUUGUAACACAUUUCUUCUGUCACUUGUGUGCCAUUUGCCAAGAAUACCGAGAGGUCCGAGAACGUAGCAGCGGCUCAAAUCCUCCUGACAUGAAGAUGGCUAUCACCAACGCUCCCUUGGCUCAAACCAUGGAAUCAACUAACUGA